AUGAUGUCCCGCGAGGCAUGCUUUUGUUACAGAGAUGAUUUCCAAACCCUUUUUAUAUCGAGAAUAAGGAAGACUAGAGCUAUACACACUCGCAACACAAAAAUUACACGGGUCCAAGGUGUCACAGAUCAUCGUUCUCUAUCUAGCAAGCGACAGCAGUCAAAACUUCUGAAAAACUAUGGUUAUGAUGGUCAGGAUGAUGAAGUACGUGGGAAAUUUCCAUCUAUAAACUCUGAUACUUGUGCUGGAUACUUAUCAUCAGCUUUGCCUUAUCAGACAAGGAAGAUUCGUGUCUUACAUCCUGGCCCACUGAAAUUACAUCCUCGCAACUCUCCUGAUCGAUUCUUGCCCACAAGACAACAUGGUGAGAUAACUGUUGAAAAUUUUAAGACCAACAAAGGUCCAUGGGAACUAUCUCCUACUGAAAGAAGAACCAGAAAAGAUGCACCGAGAUUGAAUGGUGUAGAUGGUAGAAGAAAUGUUUUAUCUAGCAGUACUAUCUUAUUCAACCCAAUUUCUCGACGGUAUAAUAUGACCAGUCGAAUAAGAAAUACAGCUGGUGGUUUAUCAGACGCUGCGAUUACCUCUAGAUCUGGCGGAGUGGGUCAGGUAAGAAUUGAAACUGUAUGGCGAUUCAGUGGCCUUGCACCCACUAUCAGUUUGGUAGGCAGGAGAGAAAGAUUUACAAGUAACAAUAGCAAUGCUCCAGCCUAUACUAGCUCAUUUUCUGCCAAGCUUCUAGUCGAAGACAACACAGAAAUUUUUGAAGGUCUGCUAGCUACAGCGUUGAGUAUUGAUCGGAAUUCGAGGGUUUUUGACUUCUGUCAACCUAAAUUAGAAAAUUAUAAAUCCCAGAAGGCGCUAAUUGACUCAUUCGAAAACCAAUGUGCUUCAUGGUGCGUUAAGGAGAAAAAUUUUCAGAAAGAUGAAAUUAGGAUUCUUCCAACAGCACCUUUCAAAGUAUUGGACGCCCCAAACCUCAGAGACGACUUUUAUUGCUCCGUAAUUGCUUAUUCGGCCGCAAGUCAUACUUUGGCGGUUGGCCUUGGACCUUUAUUGUAUGCUUGGUCCGAAUCACAGGGAGUUCAUCUCCUUGAUGCAGGCACAACAAAUGGCUCCUGGCUUACAUCGCUUGCAUUCUCUUCUGAUGCAGGAAAGAAGAGUAUCCUGGGGUAUGGAAGGUCAAAUGGAUUGCUCAGUUUCAUGUCGUUAUAUGAUAGUGUGAAUCCUAGGUUUGACCUUCAGCUCCCUUGUGCGAUAGCCUGUUUAACCUGGCGGCCUCAGGUCGUCAUACGACCAUCAAAGAGCCCGUCAAAUCUCGAAACUAACGCUGUAAUUGAAGAAAUCCUCGUUGGAGAUGAAAUGGGUAACGUCUAUUACUAUUCAGUUGAAUGGCCUGAAGAAUUAGAUGUCAACCGCAAUGGCUGGUCUGGCUCUAUAACUUUAAUGGCACGAAUAUCGAUUCAUUCGCAGCAAAUUUGUGGUAUAUCUUUUUCUAAUGAUGGCUCCAUGUUUGCCACUGGAGGUAACGACAAUUUGUGUUGCUUGUUUCAAACAGACAGCAUUCAUAACCGCAUACGAGAAGAGCUCUGUAUAGUAGUCAGCACGCCUAUCAGAAAUACCAACUUGAAUGGAGCUAGGUUAGACCUGGGACGUAUAAGGACUAACGAAUGCCUGGCUGGAUCAGAGAGGCAUCGAUGGGUUCACGGAGCAGCUGUUAAAGCAAUUGCAUUUUGUCCUUGGAAGAAGGGACUAAUCGCUACGGGUGGUGGUAGUAAUGACAAGUGCAUUCAUUUUUACCACGCAAGUUCCGGGACAUGCCUGGCAACAAUUAGUGUAUUUGCUCAAGUAACAUCUUUAAUUUGGUCGGUUACGCGCAAAGAGAUCUGUGCCACGUUUGGAUUUGCUCAACCAGAACAUCCAUACCGCAUUGCCGUAUUUUCAUGGCCUGGUUGUAAACAGAUUGCGGCUAUUCCAUGGGAUGGAGGGCAACGUGCUUUGUACGCAAUACCGUAUCGGGGUGGACCCAAUGAAAGCUACACCAGUAACGAAGAUGAUGCAAGGUCUUCACGCACUGCUCAAGAAGGCUGUAUAGUGAUCGCCUCUUCUGACGAGAGCAUCAAAUUUCACGAAGUGUGGAGUGGAUGUCAAAAAACUACUGCCGUAGUGAAGGGUUUAUUAGGUGGAAGUGAUGUUAUUGAGGGUCUGGAGAGUAUUGACAAGGAUGGGGAUAUUAUAAGGUGA